AUGGUGCUUGCACCUGUUACGCUAGCGACAAAACACGGCAAAAAUAUAUCGAGUGAACUGAAGAGCACAAUCACACAGGGAAAGAUUCCUGCCAUGGAGUAUUUAGGCUGCGGUUAUGACAUUUUGUAUGGAAAUCCGUUGAUCGACGAUGGCUCACUGGUUGACCCAGGCUACCGGAAUCCGAUAAUAUCCUUUACCCUUACUCAAUAUAGAGGUAAGGCGAGGAAGGACCCCAAAUAUGCUAGUGUUCCGGGGGCAUGGAUUCGGCCUUUGGUGUCAUGCCGGCGUUCAUCUGAGAGAACGGUUGUUAAAAGCAUGAAGGACUACCAGAAGGCAUUGGCUGUAGAUUCCGAGGUUGGCUUCGGUUCCAUCGAUGACUCCGUGAAAUUCGCGUUGUCCGCCGGUUAUGCAGAAUCAGCCGGUAUCAACUUGUCUAAAACGCGUAGACUGCAUAUUCAGCGAAAUUACUGUUUCCUACUGGAAGCUGCACUACCUGUUAACGGGCAAUACGCCUUUAAGAAAUCUUUCGAGAUUGCAGUCUCACUUUUAACUCCAAAUUUCAGAACUUCAUCGGAGACUUGCACCACCAUAAGAUACUCUAUGAACCCAGAUCACCCGGAUUGCGUGGAGCACGUAAAGCCGUGGAUGAAUCUUUUCGAGUUAUUCGGCACCCAUUUUACUUACAACAUAAAAAUAGGUGGAAGACUAACUGAGUUGGAGCAGGUGAACGCGUCUAAAAGUGGGAAAAGGUCCAAUGCCCAGGCUAAAGCGAGGGCUGACAUUCAAGUUACAAAAAGUGUUGCGGCAGGUUCAGUAGGUGUUGAUGGCACGAAGAUGUCCAACAAUAGUAACAUGACCAAUGUGUCAUUUAGUUACGUCAACGUGCUAGGAGGCAGUCCGAUAGGCAAUGCCGACGACGAAGAUGAAUACUUGGCAUGGAUACACUCAAUUCCGAAUAACCCUAUGCCAAUACGCUCACAACUUGCACCGCUGUCCAAGCUGUUCCGGUCGCAGGCACUGAAGGAAGCAUAUGACGACGCGAUGGAAUUCUACAUGGCUCUCAAUGGCUUAAGAAACUAUCCAGAGAAGAAGGAAGCAACAAAGUAA